AUGUGCGUUUAUGAAAUGUUUUACUUUUUUGAUUUAGAUUACGUGGACAAGCCUUUGGAAAAGCCUUUAAAGCUGGUGCUUAAGGUGGGAGGAAGUGAAGUGACUGAGCUUUCCGGGUCAGGGCAUGAUUCCAGUUACUAUGAUGAUCGAUCAGAUCACGAGCGAGAACGACAUAAAGAGAAGAAGAAAAAAAAGAAAAAAAAGUCUGAGAAGGAAAAAGAAAAGCAUCUAGAUGAUGAGGAAAGAAGAAAGAGGAAGGAAGAGAAAAAGAGGAAAAGGGAGAAAGAACAGUGUGACACUGAAGGAGAAACUGAUGAUUUUGAUCCUGGGAAAAAAGUGGAGGUUGAACCACCUCCAGAUCGUCCUGUCAGAGCAUGCAGAACUCAGCCAGCUGAAAAUGAGAGCACACCAAUCCAGCAGUUACUAGAACACUUCCUUCGCCAGCUUCAGAGGAAAGAUCCUCAUGGGUUUUUUGCUUUUCCAGUCACGGACGCCAUCGCUCCUGGAUAUUCCAUGAUAAUAAAGCACCCCAUGGAUUUUGGUACAAUGAAGGAAAAAAUUGCAGCGAAUGAAUACAAAUCAGUCACUGAAUUCAAGGCAGAUUUUAAACUGAUGUGUGAUAAUGCAAUGACUUACAACAGACCAGAUACUGUUUACUACAAGCUAGCCAAGAAGAUACUGCACACAGGCUUUAAGAUGAUGAGCAAAGCAGCUCUUUUGGGUGAUGAAGACACAGCAGUUGAGGAACCUGUCCCUGAAGUUGUUCCUGUACAAACAGAGACUACCAAGAAAUCCAAAAAGCAAAAUAAAGAAGUUAUUAGUUGCAUAUUUGAACCUGAGGGAAAUGCAUGCAGCCUGACAGAUAGCACUGCUGAAGAACAUGUCCUGGCCCUAGUGGAACAUGCAGCAGAUGAAGCUCGGGAUAGGAUCAAUCGAUAUCUACCCAACAGCAAGAUUGGUUAUCUGAAAAAAAAUGGAGAUGGGACUUUGUUAUUUAGUGUAGUAAAUUCAUCUGAUCCAGAAGCAGAAGAGGAAGAAACUCACCCAGUGGAUCUGAGUUCGCUGUCUAGCAAAUUAUUACCUGGCUUCACUACACUGGGCUUUAAAGAUGAACGAAGAAAUAAAGUAACCUUUCUUACAAGUGCUAGUACAGCACCUUCCAUGCAAAACAACUCUAUAUUUCACGAUUUGAAAUCAGAUGAAAUGGAGCUCCUGUACUCGGCAUACGGUGAUGAAACUGGGAUACAGUGUGCCUUGAGUGGAAAUUACAGAGAGAAAAUAGUAGAUGAUCUUCUGGACCAGAUCACUAGUGGAGAUCAUUCCAAAACUAUUUAUCAGCUAAAGCAGAGGCGAAACAUCCCAGUAAAACCACUGGAUGAAGUAAAAGUUGGAGAAUCUGCUGGAGACAGUAACACUUCUGACUUGGACUUCCUUUCUAUGAAACCCUAUUCAGAUGUAUCUCUUGAUAUUUCUAUGUUAAGUUCAUUAGGAAAAGUGAAGAAGGAGCUCGAUCAUGACGAUAACCAUUUACAUCUGGAUGAAACAACUAAGCUGCUGCAGGACCUUCAUGAAGCCCAGGCUGACAGAGCGGGAUCCCGGCCAUCAUCCAAUUUGAGUUCCCUCUCCAAUACCUCUGAAAGAGACCAACAUCAUCUUGGAAGCCCGUCUCAUCUGAGUGUUGGAGAACAGCAAGACAUGGUUCAUGAUCCCUAUGAAUUUCUUCAGUCUCCAGAAACCUCAAAUGCCACUACUAACUAA